UUACAUUGGCCCAUGUCAAAGACUAAAGGGAUUUGAACUAGAGGUCGCAGAGAGCGGUACCCGCAACCAACCGAGGAAGCCGGGGCGACCAGUUGCCACGACAAACCACCACCGCUGGGGCCGUGGGUGGCGUUACUCCAAGAGACGACCCCUGGAAGAGCAAGAGGCCGCCGCUAGGGGGCGCCGCUGCUUCCCCGCUAGGCGCCCACCCGCGGGGCGCGCACGCGAGGCUUUCCACCGCGCCUGCGCCGAGGAUGGACGCAGGCUCUCUUUUCCCCGACGCCAGCCGUCCCGACCCGGAUGAAACACUGCGUGACAGGCAGCGAGCGUGGCGGCCAUCUUCGUCUUCUGGGCACGUCAGCUGAGCCGGUUAGGGCCGAAGAGGAGCGUUGCGCAAGCGCGCCCAAGACGGCCACAGGUAACUCCCAUCUGACGGGCGAGGCGUCGCCGUCGUCGCCGGAAGUUUGGCGUUUCUGCGCCGCGGGAGAGGGGGCGGUCGCGGCAGAAGCAGCUGAGUGUCUCCUGAUACCCGGAUGUGAGGCGUUCUGCUGGCCCGCGUUGGAUCCUCCGCCAGGAGUGAGGAAGGUACGCGAGAGUCCCGAGCGCCCCCGCCGCCUGCCGUCGCGCCGCCUGCGUCCUCGCCUCCCUUUGGCAGCCUCUCCGAUUAGUUCCCAAACACACAGGACGUUAUUAGAAGCAUCAUUCAUUGGGAGCAUCAUCAAUCAACUUAAAGAAAAAAGUGAUAUGUGCUUUCCAUUUUAGUAAGGUGCUGUGUAAUGUGUUAAGAGGAUAUUAUAAGGAAUGGUUUUGUCAAAUUUUCAUGAGUUAUGGUGGCUGAAAGAUCAAUUCUCUCACGUGGGAAAAGAAUUAAAUGGCAGCACAAAAGAAAAUCUAUAUUAAUAGAGUAUUUUAUUAAACGAAAGAGGUUAGAUAAGAACUUUAAACCAACAGGCUCAGCAAACAAAGGAAAAAACAUUUUAGCUGUAAGACAUGUUUCAAAUGAAUCAAAGUUCAGUAACUGUAGACUUCAGAAGAAAAAAGUUUUCAAAAACUUUGUCAAAACAGAUAGGUCAGUGAUAACUCCUUUAAUAAUAGGGCUGCGUCCGAAAACCAAUAUUAAUUGAAAAAUUAACAAAACAGAUUGAAUCUGUAUUAAAUUUUUUUAAUGAAAAGUUCUAAAAACAUCGAAUUGGAGUUAAAUUUUCCUUAAAUUUGUAUUACCUUGUCCAAAGUAAAACAAAUAUCUUUCAGCCUUCGUACCAGCUUUUCUCAUGUCCUAGGGAUAACAGAAACCUUACUUGAAGCAAACUAGUAUUUUUGUUGAAAAUGUAUAUCAGCAUCAAUGAAAGUUGAUUUUUAAGAUCUGCUCUUCAGUAAUAAUUCUAGACAUUCAGCAUUUGUACCCGCCAGGACACAAAAAGCCUCUCAAAAAACUACUCGGAAAAAGAGGACCCUACUCAGGAAUGAUGUCCAUUCAGGAGAAAUCAAAAGAAAAUUCCUCCACUGUUAUUAAAAAAAGUGAAGAUAAGAAUUUAGGAAUACAAAUUCAAGGUUCUCAAAGGAAUCUAGCAAAAAAAUCAGUCCCAAAGGAAGCUAUAAAAUCAGUGGUUAAAUCUUCUAGUGGAAAUAAAAUAAAUGAGCCUGAAUUAGGAACAUGCAUGAGUACAAGGUCAGCAAAGGCAGCAUCCUGUGAUAAAAAAGGUGGUAAAUCCAUUAAUAAAAAUAUGGUGACUGCAAAGGGACAUUCACAACAAGAAUCUACAAAACAGAAAAAAUUGUCUCAGAAAAAGUCAGUGCAUGAACCCCCUAAAGCAAAUGAACAGCUUAACCGGAGAUCACAAAGACUACAACAGUUAACAGAGGUUUCAACAAUGUCUCUGCGUAGUAGAGAAAUUCAGGGUCAAGUUCAAGUGGUUAAACAGAGUUUGCCACCAAUAAGAAAAGAGCAUUGUAGCAAUACUCAAAGUAAAUCUAAUAAAGUUAAAACAAGUCAAAAACAUGUGAAAAGAAAAAUACUGGAAAUGAAGUCUGACUCUAAAGAGGAUGAAAAUCCAUUAAUUAAUGAGGUAAUAAAUUCCCCAAAAGGAAAAAAACGCAAGAUAGAGCCUCAGACAGUUUAUGCUUGUAGUUCUGAGUGCAUAAAAGGAUCUGGAAAGUGUCUUCAGAAGAAUAUUAGAAAAGAGGGGAAAAAAUCUCUGACUGUAACUUCUUCUGAGAUAAAAAGAUCAAAAUUGUCUCCUUCAGUGGUCUCCAAAAGGAAUGAGAAGUCAAUUCACACACAAGUGAAUAGUAGUGCAAAAUCCCAAAAAAGUCCACAGCCAUUAGUGCCUGAACAAAGUGUCGAUAAUGAGCUGGAGCAAGCAGGAAAGAGCAAACGAGGUAGCAUUCUUCAGCUCUGUGAAGAAAUUGCUGGUGAAAUUGAGUCAGAUACUGUAGAGGUAAAAAAGGAAUCCUCACAAAUGGAAAGUGUAAAGGAGGAGAAGCCAGCAGAAAUAAAAUUGGAAGAGACUGAUAUUGCGAGACAAAUACUUCAUCAGAAGGAAACAAAUCAGCACGUUCAAUGUAAUCGUUUCUUCCCCAGUAGAAAAACAAAGCCUGUGAAAUGUAUACUAAAUGGAAUGAACAGCUCAACUAAAAAGAACUCCAACUGGACUAAAAUUAAACUCUCAAAAUUUAACUCUGUGCAGCAAAAUAAGUUGGACUCUCAAGUUUCCCCUAAAUUGGGCUCAUUACGAACCAGUUUUUCACUACCAGCAUUAGAAAUGCAUCAUCCUGUGACUCACAGUACAUUUAUAGGGACAAAACCACAUGAUGAUAAAAAUACAGCUUGCCAGCAGGAAGACAUGAGAGAAAUUAAUUCUAGAGAAGUUAAAAUUAAUGAUACUACAAUUCAAAUUAAUAAAACCACAAAAAGGGCUCCUGAAAAUUGUCAUUUGGAUAAUCAGAUAAAACCAUGUCCCAACCCACCAUUGGAUAACCAGAGGAAAGAUUCUUUUCAGUCAACACCAGAUAAGAAUUACAGCCUGUGUUUGGAAUCCAAGCUUGAAAACAAUCCAGUGGAAAAUACCACUACUGUAUCAGCUCUGCUUAGUCAAGGAAAAAUUGAUUCUGGGGAGAGUAAAUUUUCAGGUCCAGCUCCCCAACAGCAUAGUAUACUCAAUAACCAAACAUUAAAGACCAGUGAUAACAGGGAGACACCACCAAAUCACUCUUGGCCUAAGUGUAAUUCCCGUUUGGAGAUAACAAUUCCAAAGGACUUGAAACUAAAAGAAGCAGAGAAAGCUGAUGAAAAACAGUUGAUCAUAGAUGCAGGACAGAAAAGAUUUGGAGCAGUUUCCUGUAACGUUUGUGGCAUGCUUUACACAGCUUCAAAUCCAGAAGAUGAAACACAGCAUCUGCUCUUCCACAACCAGUUUAUAAGCGCUGUAAAAUAUGUGGGCUGGAAAAAAGAAAGAAUUCUGGCUGAAUAUCCUGAUGGCAGAAUAAUAAUGGUUCUUCCUGAAGACCCAAAGUAUGCCCUGAAAAAGGUUGACGAGAUUAGAGAGAUGGUUGAUAAUGAUUUAGGUUUCCAACAGGCUCCACUAAUGUGCUAUUCCAGAACUAAAACACUUCUCUUUAUUUCUAAUGACAAAAAAGUAGUUGGCUGCCUAAUUGCGGAACAUAUCCAAUGGGGCUACAGAGUUAUAGAAGAGAAACUUCCAGCUAUCAGGUCAGAAGAAGAAAAAGUCAGAUUUGAAAGGCAAAAAGCCUGGUGCUGCUCAACAUUGCCAGAGCCUGCAAUCUGUGGGAUCAGUCGAAUAUGGGUUUUCAGCAUGAUGCGUCGGAAGAAAAUUGCUUCUCGCAUGAUUGAAUGCCUAAGGAGUAACUUUAUAUAUGGCUCAUAUUUGAGUAAAGAAGAAAUUGCUUUCUCAGAUCCCACUCCUGAUGGAAAACUGUUUGCGACACAGUACUGUGGCACUGGUCAGUUUCUGGUAUAUAAUUUUAUUAAUGGACAAAAUAGCACCUAAAACAGAUUCUUGCCUACAGUACUAGAAGACAUCUGCUGAAGAGAAUGGAUUGGUUGCUGACUUUAACCAGGAACUAGGGCCAUUUUUAUUACAAUGAACUCAGGACUGGCAACAACCGUAAGGUUGUUCCAUUUUCGUAAAAUUGGAAACAAUGCAGUAAUAGCUUAUUAUUGUUUUGUUUUUUAAAGAAGAUAUUUUAUUAUCUUUUACAGAAAUUUAUGAUUGAUGUAUUUUAUCUAUAGUUAUUUAGACAUGUUUACAUGCAGCAGAUAAUUGUUCAUAGUGGACUGAAAACUAAUGCAAGGACUAUGGUCUCAGUGAUAAGUAUAUUUUGAAGUUCUUAAUGUGGAAAUAUACCAGUGUAGCUUGGUACUGUAUUUUUUUAUAUUGAUCUGCUGAUACCAGUUGUAAUUUUAAAGAUUGUAUUUUCACAGAGCAGAAACCAAUGUUUUUGAGCUGUUAUUCAAGGAGGGUGCAAUAUUACAUGUUUAGGAAUUCAAAGCUAAUUCUUAAAGGGCCUGAAAUACAUUGAAGGAACCCCCACAAAAAAGCAAAGCUCCAAAUAAGCAGGAAGAAUUUGGAAUAUUGAGGUUUUUCUUCCAUUUCUCUCUUUGUCGUUCUUCAUGUGAGGAAGAGGGUAAAGAAUUGAGGCUUUCCUUCUUGGAGAGCUGUAAAUGACUAGACCUAGUAAGGUAUCCUCUAAAGUUUAUUAGUCUUUCAUUCUGCUUUCACUUUUUAAAAUAAAUGGCAACUUGGCACACUUAGGCUAUUAACAAAUCCCAAAGAGGUUUAUAAAAACCUGUGGAAUAGUUGCAAGCUAAAUAUGGAUGACUUGGUAUCUGCUUUGUUACUCCUCAGAAAUACUACACUGAGUAUAUGCCCUCAUUACUGGACUUCAUUUUGAUACUUGUCUAUCCUUCAUAGUGCCCUCUACUUUUAAAGGGUUUAUAUGUUGAAAAACUGCUGUGGCCUUUUAUGACCUGUAUAUAAUGUAGAAUAAAAUAAUAAAAUACUUGAUAGCUUUUUCUAAGUGAUAAAUUUGAUAAUGGUGUGCUGUCAUUGUCCAUAUUCAGGGAGUUUCUUAGGUUUGACACCUUGAAGUAUGAUUAAAACACUUGCUUCUUAAAACAUAGUUUUCACCAGUUUGCCAAAGGAUCAGUGUGUCAGGAACAAUUCCUGAACUUUAUCUCCAGAAGGCAGAAUCCUAACAUGAGAAUUUUCUGGUCUUUCAAAGAAAUAGAGCCACAACCCAAGAAUGAAGCACCACUGUGGUUUACCAUAGUUUUGUUUAUCAGCUGAAAUAAUCAUAUCCCCAUUAAAAACUGGCUAAAAUUUAGGAUUUUAAAUUAAGAGUGACAGAGAGGUGUACUUUUUAUCCCUCUAUAGAUGUAUGCUUUAAAAAUUUAUUCUGUGGUGUAAGGCUUUCUACUCUUUGUAGGGUGGAACAGUGAGGCAGUAUGAAUAUUUCCCUCUGACUCAUCAUGAUGGUCUGACUUUUGACACUCCCUUUGCCUUUGGGUUUGAGACUGUUCUAGCCAUCCCUGGUUUCAUUGUUUGCCUGACAGGCACUAUAGUUUUUUAAAAACGGUGAAAUUUUUGGGUAUAGUAUAGAUGCUCUAAUAACUAUUAAUCUCAUAAUACAGGUCCAGUUUCCAUAUAAGCCGUAGUAUGCUUCUUUGGGGAGCCAAAUUUGGUGGUUUCAAGGGGACCUGGGGUAGAGAGGAUAUACUGAUUGGUUGGUUUAAAUGUUAUCAUUACUAGGAAAACAGUUUUAUUUUCAUCUUUAUUUUGAAGACACAGCCCCUGAAAUAACUUUUACAGUCUAGCUAUUUCUCUAAGAAUGGUUUUAUUAAUACUGUCUAACAUUUGAGUGUUUUCUAUGUGUCACACCUUGUAUUUAGUGCUGCAUUAUUUUAUUUGAUUAUCAUGACAACCCCGUGAGUUAGAGUUUACAGGUGGAGAAUCUGGAACUGAGAAGAUAAUUAAGAGACUAUUGGAGGAGUCUACGUGAAAAAUGUUGAAACACUGAACUGAAGCUAUGAUGUGUGGAUGAAGAUGAAGAGACAGAUAAACUUUGGAAGAUACAACUGAAGAAUUGAUAGGAGUUGAUAACUGACCAGAGAAGGAUCAUGGCAAAGAAUCUAGGGCAGCCCCUUGCUACUUUUGGUCUCUUCAAAAGCUCAUACAUGUCGUCCAGUAAGAAAGUAGAGGGGCUUGUCAUCACUGCUGUUAGCAGUUUGAAACUCGUCCCGGAGGCGGAACUGCCACUCAUCCUCUAGCUCUAAGCGGACAAUUGUUUGGCGUAAGGAGCUUCUGUCUUGGCAGAUGACACACAGGGUAGCACCUUCAGAAACUUAAAUUUCUUAAGAAGAUCAGCACCUACAAAAGAGUCACAGAGGUACAAGAGGAGUCCACUGAAAAACACCCCUUCACAGUUGACAUUGCUGGAGUGGGGUCUGGAGCUGACAUAGCAUAUGGCCACCUGGAAUCAUCAAGCAGAAAUAGCAUGGGCAUUUCAAAAGCAAGCAAAACGUCUGCAACUUUAGCACCUUCCUUUUUAGCUAUUUCAGGAUAAGGUAAAAGAGAGAAAUUUUUUAUUGAAGUAAGUUGGUUAUUCUUUAGUGUGCCAAGUUUUAACCCAUUUAAAGCUUCUCUUGUUUAUUUCUAAUAAAGGACAGUUAUGAGAGAAAUUAGUAGUAAGAAGCAAAACAAGCCCCUCCAUCUAAGAGUCUUUAUAAAAAUUUUUUUAAAAAUUACCUUCCGCAAAAAGGCAUACUUAGGAAAGAUUAAAUGUUUAGUUACCUGUUGAUGAGAAUAAGAAUUUUUAAUCAGCUUUUCAUUUAGAUACACUUAAAUUUUCAGUUGGGUAGAAGCUUCAAACACUGCAUGAAUUUAAAUUUUUAGCUCUGCAUGGCUUCCGUGUACAGAAGAUAACUUCACAAAAAUUACAAGGAAUUGUGAAUAAGCUAAUUGGGAGGCCUUGAGAAUGGCGGAAUGGCUUAAUGUGUGGGCCGGGACCACUUGGGUUCAGGUGCUGGUUCCUCUCUUUAGUAGCUGUGUGACACUGAGCACUUGCCUUGUCUGUAGAGAUAAUAGUAGAACCUGUUUCAUAAGACUGUUUUGUGAAUUAAAUAAUUAAUGUAAACCACUUA